GCUUCGCUGCUGCUCGGCUGGCUCGCGAACGAUUAGUUUCUUCGUGGAGAUCGUGUCGUGUGGACGGGCUGGAAAAAAGUGAAGACCUCGAAAACCGUCGGUUCGAUUGUGCGUAGGAAUUGCCUCAUCCAUCUAGCUAGGCAGCAGCUUGUGUGUGGCAGAAGGAAGAAAAGGGGAAUUUGCUGCGGCAGAAUCCGCUGAAAAACGGAUUAUUUCUGAUUGGGAUUGUGUUAUCUGGUGAAUUUGUCGGUGGAAAUCGACGUGGUGAUGUUGCAUCAGCAGUAAAAUAGAUAUUUUCCCCUGUGAAAAUCCGUGCGAAAGUGUGUGGCGAAGGUUUUGUGCAAAUUAUUUUCCAAGAAGUGUCCCCCCUUGCAUCCGUAGGAGAGUGCUUGGGGCGGUCGAAAAAGAGUGAAACCAGUGAGUGUGUGGCUCUUCUACCCCAUUGUUUUCGAUUUUCCGUCCGACUGCGGCGCGUUGGAAAUUAUUUAGCAUCUCGGAAAAUGUCCUCCAGCUGGAAAGGAUUUAUUUUUGCCACGGUGCUGGUGCUGGGAGUCGUCAAAUUGUCACUGGCGCAGAGCACGACGCAAGCGGCGGAUACCGGAGGCGGUGGUGGCACUAGGGGCUCACCCUUAUCACCCACACGGGACGGAGGGGGAGGAGGCGGUGGGCAGUGCAUCUGGUACGGGGUGUGCAACAACGAAACUGCCCUCACCUCGCAGUACUGCACCUACGAUGGGCCGGCCAAGCCGGCCAGCAAUCAAACGAAGGACCUGCUCAAGGUGUGGUGUAAGCAUCUGCUGGCCGACGAGGACGGCACCGGUGCCAUCGAUACAUGCUGCGAUGCAGAGCAGGUUCAAAUCCUCAACAACAAUGUCAAACUGGCGGCGAAUUUCCUCGCCCGGUGUCCCUCGUGCAUGGCCAACCUGGUCCGGCACAUGUGCGACUUCACCUGCCAUCCGAAGCAGUCCACCUUCAUGGAAGUGAAGGCAACAGAGCAGAAUGAAAAAACCAAAAAAGAAUACAUCACCGAAAUCGAUCUGCACAUCAUGGAGCACUACAUGAACGGAACGUACGGCUCGUGCACCCAGGUGUCGGUCCCCUCGACCGGGCAGCUGGCGCUGGAUCUCAUGUGCGGCGAGUGGGGCGCUUCCCGGUGCAGCGCCAAGAAAUGGUUCACCUAUAUGGGCACCAAGGAAGGCAACUACUACGUACCCUUCCAGAUUAACUAUGUGGCCCACCAGAGCAGCAACGACAGUGCGUUCGAACCGCUGGAACCACGGGUGGUUCCCUGUAGCCAGAAGCUGGAUGACAAAACUCCUGCCUGUUCGUGCAUUGACUGUGAAGCGUCCUGUCCGCGGCCACCGGCCCCGUCGCCUCCACCGCAGCCCUUCGUGAUCUACGGUUUCGACGGGUACGCCGUGGUUAUGUUCUUUGUGUUUCUGGUGUGCAGCGGGCUCUUCGUGAUCGGCGCAUGCCUCUGUCAGUCCGGGAGCAACAACGGAGCCGAACUACUGGUGCCUGGCGACACAUUGCACUCGGACCUGCGCUCGACCGUGGGCCGCCGUUUGGCUGGUGGACUGUCUAACAGUGGCGAUUUGGGUACCGAUCGCGAAGAUUCGCCCCUACAAUCGAAGAGAUCGAGUGCCACCUGGGAUGGCGAACAGGAGCUCCGACCGCACCCGAAUGCCAUCAACGGGGACGACGACGCCGAGUCGGGAUACUUCGAGCGGUUGGGCGCCAAGACCGAAACCGCCCUGGAGAAGUUCUUCACCGCUUGGGGCACUACCUGUGCCAAGCAUCCGUGGAUCGUGCUGCUGUGCGGUCUCCUGUUCAUCGUGGCCAUGGGUUUCGGUAUCAAGUUCCUGCACAUCACCACCAACCCGGUCGAGCUGUGGGCAUCGCCCAAUUCGCGGUCCCGUGUCGAGCGGGAGUACUUCGACUCGCACUUCGAACCCUUCUACCGGAUCGAGCAGCUCAUCAUCAAGGCGGAGAACCUCUCGAGCGUGGUGCACAACACUUCGAAUGGGGUGAUCGAGUUCGGCCCGGUUUUUAACAAGCAGUUCCUGUUGGACGUGUUCGAGCUGCAGGAAUCGAUCAAGAAGAUCGAAGCCAUUAUGGCCGAUAAUAGCACCGUUGGAUUGCAGGACAUUUGCUUCGCACCGCUUACUGCAGAGUACCGCGGACCCACUCAAACGGAAGACUGCGUGGUGCAAUCGCUUUGGGGUUACUUCCAGGACGAUAUUGACACUUUUGACUCGGAAGACGAAGAUCCUCAGGGAUUCCCUGUGAACUACUUGGACCGAUUGAUGCAGUGUUUCGGCAAUCCCUACAAUCCGGAUUGUUUGGCUCCGUAUGGAGGUCCAGUAGAUCCGGCGAUUGCCCUCGGAGGUAUUCCUCAACCGUCGUCGGCGGAUGUGAAACCAAAGUACGAAAAUGCCAAUGCCGUUAUACUGACAUUCCUGGUGAAGAAUUACCAUGACAAGAGUAAGCUGUCGGCUGCGUUGACCUGGGAGGAAAGCUACGUGGCUUUCAUGAAGAACUGGACUAGGGCCAACAUGAGUAUCGCUUUCACCUCGGAGCGAUCCAUUGAAGACGAGUUGCGACGAGAAUCGCAAUCCGACGUUUCGACCAUCUUGGUUUCGUACAUUAUCAUGUUCGCUUACAUUGCCGUUUCGUUAGGACACGUAAAUCAGUGGAGUCGUGCGCUUAUCGAUUCCAAGAUCACCUUAGGACUCGGAGGUGUCAUAAUCGUGCUGGCUUCCGUUGUUGCCUCCGUCGGAAUCUUCGGUUACAUAGGACUUCCGGCAACGCUGAUCAUCGUGGAAGUCAUUCCGUUCCUGGUAUUGGCCGUCGGAGUAGACAACAUCUUUAUCCUGGUUCAGACCCACCAGAGGGACACCAAAAAGCCAACGGAAACCCACGCGGAGCACAUCGGACGGAUACUGGGCCGAGUGGGGCCAUCGAUUCUACUGACGGCGGUCAGCGAGAGCUGUUGCUUCUUCCUGGGUGGCCUUUCCGAUAUGCCUGCUGUUCGUGCCUUUGCUCUGUACGCCGGCAUGGCCCUGCUGAUCGAUUUCUUCCUGCAAAUAACCUGCUUCGUGAGUCUACUGGCGUUGGACACCGCUCGACAGGCGGACAAUCGCUACGAUGUGCUGUUCUUCCUACGAGGAUCCAAGAAGGACGUCCCGGUCAACACCAACAAGGAAGGUCUGCUCUACAAGUUCUUCAAGAGCAUCUACGUGCCUUUCAUCAUGCAAAAGCCGAUUCGCGUGGGAGUAAUGGUCGUCUUCUUCGGUUGGCUCUGCUGGAGCAUUUCCGUGGCGCCACACAUCGACAUCGGACUGGAUCAGGAACUUUCGAUGCCGGGCGACAGCUUUGUGCUGAAGUACUUCCGAUAUCUUGGAAAAUAUCUCAGCAUUGGACCGCCGAUGUACUUCGUGGUCAAGAGUGGAUUAAACUAUUCGCAACCGUACGACCAGAACCUGAUAUGCGGCGGACAGAACUGCAAUCUGGACAGUUUGUCCACGCAGGUGUACAUUGCUAGCAAACGGCCGGAGGAGACGUACAUUGCGCGGCCUGCUGCUUCGUGGUUGGAUGACUAUAUUGACUGGUCGGCGGCGUCGGAUUCCUGCUGCAGACAGUUUGGCAACGGGUCGUUCUGUCCCCAUGAUAUGACUUGCGACAAGUGUUCGAUAAACCUAACCUCCUGGAACCGUCCGAACGAGCCCAGCUUCCGGCGAUACGUAUCCUUCUUCCUGCAGGACAAUCCGGACGCUAGUUGUGCCAAAGCUGGCCACGCAGCCUACGGUAACGGGGUGAAUCUCAAAGCGACACCGGCCAGUGCGUACAACGACGUUGGGGCCUCGUACUUUAUGGCGUAUCAUACCAUCCUGAAGACGUCCUCGGAUUACUUUGAAGCGCUGCGAUCGGCUCGGAAGGUUUCCGCCAACAUCACAAGCACCAUUCAUGCGAAGUUGCGGCUGGAAGGUCGCAGCGAGUCCGAAAUUCAGCAGGUUGAAGUGUUCCCCUAUUCGGUGUUCUACGUGUUCUACGAACAGUAUUUGACCAUGUGGCCGGACACGCUCAAGAGCAUGGGCAUUUCGGUGCUGGCCAUCUUCAUCGUGACAUUCCUGCUGAUGGGCUUCGACAUCCACUCGUCGGUGGUGGUCGUGAUAACGAUCACGAUGAUUGUCAUCAACAUCGGCGGACUGAUGUACCACUGGAACAUCUCGCUGAACGCCGUAUCGCUGGUCAACCUGGUGAUGGCCGUCGGCAUCAGCGUGGAGUUCUGCUCCCAUCUGGUGCACAGUUUCUCCGUUUCGCUGGAGGAGACCCGGGAGAAGCGAGCGGCCGAUGCACUGACCAAAAUGGGCAGCUCGGUGUUCUCCGGCAUCACGUUAACCAAAUUCGGAGGAAUCUUGGUGCUCGGGUUCGCCCAGAGCCAGAUCUUCCAGGUGUUCUACUUUAGGAUGUAUUUGGGCAUCGUGCUGUACGGUGCCGCCCAUGGUCUCGUGUUCCUGCCGGUACUGCUGAGCUAUAUCGGCGCCCCCAUCAACAAGGUGAAACUGGCCAACCACCGGCGGCAGGCCAUGCAGGACACCCAGGAAACGUCUCUCUCAACCCCCUGGGAUGAAAGAAUCUUUGUGUUUGAUCGAGUGGAAGCCGAUAUCCACGGCGUGAUGUACCGCAGAAGACGUUCCCCCAACGACGUCUCCACCCGCAACACCAACACUGAAAUUGCGAACGAUGAUGAUGAGGACGAGAAUGAGGAUGAGAACUACCAAGGCCAGUACUUCUACCAGCCACAGCAGCAGCAGCACUGGCAACAACAGCAAGACCAUCGACGACGAGAGCAGCAGCCGGCUCUGGACCAACAACAACAACAACCAUUCUACGCCAACGCCGGAACCAGCGGACGCCCAGAACAGCAGCAGCGGCCACUCCACCCCUACCAACACGACACGCGAGCAUUCGUCCAUUCGGAAGCGUAUACAGAACAACUUACCGAACCUCUUCUGCAACCAUCAACCAGCAAGCGCAGCCCCACGCACCGACCUCUAGGCGGCGGCGCCAGUCCGUCGUCGGCCUCCGGGUCCGCCGACUCAGCAGCUUCAUCAGGGACACCAAGAUCGUCUUCGUCCAAGGUGCAAAAGCGACGAAAAGUGGUUCCCGUGGUCGCCACUGUUCAUCCGCCUGCUACCACAGUAGGCGGCAACGACGAACGGCACGUGAUUUUAGAUGACAAAUCGGUGGCGACGGUUGCUGCGUCGACGCAGGAUGCCGACUUUGACUAGGGGAGCACGUUUUUUAAGACGGAUUCUAGGUUAGGGAGCGAUUGAACCCCGGGUAACCCCGGGACUCGUUGACGCUGGUUCAUCAACACCAUUUUGAUAAACUUCUCCAAUUUCCCCGCAACGGAGGAACGAAGUAGCACGAAAAAUUAACAGCUAAGAUUUCGGUGUUAGGAUUUCGGUAAGAUUUGCCGAAGUUUGAAAAUUACCGACAUUCGGUAACUUUUCGGUAGAAUUCACAACGAUUUUCUGUAUUGAAAUCCUUACACAUAAGUCGGCAUUUUUAUAUCAAGUGUGAGGACUUCUGUGGAAAUGGUUCCUAUUCGUGAGAAAAACGUUCACCAUUGCAUUAGAGAAGCAGGUUAGGUAAGGCUAGUUGUACGCAAAGUUGUAGAUAUCGAGACAUAUAUAUUUGAUAGAGCGAAGAAGACUAUGCGAGUGCGAAUGUCGAAUGAACAAAAAAAGCAAACGUUUAUAAAAAUUGGGAGAAACGUUCAUAUGUAUAGAGUUAUAUACCGGAGAAAGAGAGCACAGCUUGUAUAGAAAGAAGUAAAAUAUUUUGUACCAAAUAAACAAUCAAUUGAUGUGCGCAUGAAAUGAAAGGCGGUGAAUCGAAAGCGGGCGUCUCGAGCAGAAAGACUAAACUGUUCUUAUGAGUAAAAACAAAGAAUCCAAACAGCGAACUGUUACGAAGUCGACGUGUGAGCGUGCCUGAAGCGACGACGCGACGGGGUCUAUAGGAAAUCUUGAAGGGCUGUCACCGCUGUCGGCGGGAUCGAUUCGAAAGGUCGAAACAAAAAGGGCUGGAAGUCUCGUCAAAACCGAAAAUAUACUUUUUUUAUACUGUCUAACGUUUCGGUUCAUCUCGAAUCUUCUUAAGGGACUUUAAAAGAUUAUUUAUAAUUAUUAACAUUUUAAAGUUCCUGAAGAAGAACCAACACGAAUCGAAACGUCAGAAAGAACAAAAUAACAGUAUUUUAUUUCGACCUUUGCGCUUCAACCUUCCACAUGCGGACGGUGGACACAUUUGUGCUAGAUAGGUAAAUUCGACUAGAGAUUGUUAACGGAAGAGGAAGAGAGGCGCUUGUGUUAGUUUGUUGCCGGAAAUUCAAAACUGAAUAUUACGUAUAACACUGUAAAUGUCUAGGGAAUAACCAAAUCGCUGAUUAAAGAGUCUAGUUUGUUUUAGUUGUUGGAUUAGGGGAUUGCAGAACAGGCGGUUCUAGAUCAUUCCGAGCCGCAAUGUCGAAUGUGAAGAAAUGUGUUGUUGAAUCGUAAAGUUCUAUGAAAACAAAAAUGAGAGUGCUAACUGAUUGCCUUACUCUUCGGUUCCUAUUUGCGUUACCCGGUGGCGUAUUGUUCACGCUUUGGCUUGAGAAGGCAGAAGUUCUUGUGGAUCGAUUUGGAAAAUUCGUUAAAGUUGCAUGGAACUAUUUGUCUUGGGAGUUCUGGUGAGGUUUCUUGGAAAAAGCCAGAGAUCCUGCAAAAACUCCUGGUGAUAUUUAUAUAAUUACAAAGCGCAACAUUUUUUUGUCUCAAGAGCAAACUUAUGUGUCUCUGACAGAUUUUGGGCCGCUGAAUCCGGAUCCGGGCUCAGAUUUGCUCCAGCACGUCAGAAUUUUGAGCUAUACCUCAAUUUAUAGGGCAAAAUAUACGAUUUUGGGCUUACAGCCAGCCAUUAAGCAUGGAAAUAUUUUUUUAAGCAACCAAAAGGUAAAUUGGUCAAUUAACAUCUAAAUUAACGACUCACGCUAAAUAUUUCGAUUUACCAGAUCAAACUUGAUAGUUUUAAGCGAUUAAUGUAAGGUACGAUAUUUCCCAUACAAGUCACCCUCCAAAAGUUGCAUGCAAGUUUACUUACUAACAUAAAAUGCUUAAAUCUAUCAAAUUUGAUUUGAUAAAACAAAAUAUUUUGCAUGACUCGUUAAUUUAGAAGUUAAUCGUUCAAUUUACCUUUUUAUUGCUUAAAAAAAAUAUUUCCAUGCUUAAUGGCUGGCAGUCAAAAAAGCCCAAAAUCGCAUAUGUUGCCCUAUAAAUUGGGGUAUAGCUCAAAAUUGUGACGUGCUGGAGCAAAUCUGAGCCCGGAUUCGGAUUCAGUGGCCCAAAAUCUGUCAGAGACACAUAAGUUUGCUCUUGAGACAGACCAAAAGUUAAUUUUUGUUACGCUGUGUUAUUUUAGGAAUUGUGCUAGAUUUCAUGGAAAACUCUUUUAAAAACUUUAUGGAAGGAUUUUGAACAACAGCAGAAGUUUCUCAAGGAAUUUCUCAAAAUUGGCCUUGGAGUUUUCAGCGAGGUUUUUCUCGUAGUUUCUCCUAGGAUCUCUUUUAGAAAUUUUCUCGGGAUUUCUGCCGGAGUUUGACUAGGGGCUUCUCAAUAAAUUCUUCCCGGAGCUCCGCCUCGUGGCAUUUCUCAAUAAUUAUCCCGAGAGGAUUUUCAGCAAAAAUCCAAGAAAGAACUAUGAGAGUUAUUUUGGGAAAACUCCUGAAUGCCAGAUGAAUCUCCGAGCGUAGCUCACGAGGAUCUAAUAGAGAAAACUGUUGCAGAACUCCUGGAAAAAUAUCUAUGAGAAACAACUGAUAAAGUGUUUGAGAAAUCCCAAGAAACUACCAAGAAAACCUGGAAACAAAUCAUAAGAAGAACUCCAUUGGAUAUAUCAGCUAUAACUUCGAAAUGUUUCACAAAAAAAAACUGAUGAAUGUCCUGAAGAAAUUUCGAAAAACUCUGGGAGAAAUUCCUGGAGGAACUUUGCAAGAAAUCCACGAAAAAAUACAAAGAUAAAUUCAUGACUUCGAAAAGUUAUCGAUAGAAACACCUGGAAACACGCUAGGAGAAAUCCAGCGAAAUUAUGUGGAACAAACCCCGGGAGGAAUAUACCGUAAGAAAUUCCGGAAACCUUCCAAGGGAAAUCUCAAGAGAAACUUCUACAGAAAUCUUCGAAUCCCAAAACUAAUCCCGCGAGAACCUCUGGAAAAUAUUCCGAAAGAAACUCCUGUAGAUUAUCCGGGAAAACUUCCAGGAGAAAUCCUGGAAGGAAUAUCGGUCGAUUUUUUUAAAAGAGUAAAUAAGGCGAGAAUUUUUUUUGAAGAAUCCCUGCAACAUUCCUUUAGGAUUCGCGGGAGGAACUACUGGAAGCUUGGAAAUUUUUAAGUUGAAUACCAGAGACAUUUUAACAAUGAACUCUAUCCUAAGAGAGGGAGGAAAUCACUUGCGUGCGCAGCCUUUUCUUUUUCCUCGCUCGUUCUUUUUGUAUAACGCAAGAAAAAGCGAGAUAAAAGAGGGGGCAAAUUGCCCCCUCUAUUAUCUGUUUCUUUCGCGUGUUUGUUUACGAGAGUGAGUGAGAAAAAAGAAAAAGCUGCGCACGCUAGAUGAGGAAAUACAAAAGGAAUCUUGUGAUAAAUUCAAAAAAGAAUGCCUAGAUGAAUCUCGAGGAAUUUCAGAAAAAAAACUUAAGGAAUAUAUCAUUGUGGAGGAAUUUCUAGAUGAGUUUCAACUACCAGAUUCAACUGCUUUUACUUGGAAAUUGCAGCAUUUCGGUGGAUGCCUAUUGAUUAUGCAAGACAAUUUUCUCACCAGCUAUUUCAUCGGCUGAAUCCCCACUAUUCAUUAAUUCUAACAACGACAUCUUGUCUUGGAUCUUGUAGAAGUUUGGAAGCGAAACUUGUGAAAUUCUUAUAAGUUCUAAGCACAGACAAACAGACGUAACACCUUGAACGAUUUUCAUGCAAAUCCAUCGCCCAGUUCACACUACCAUCACCUGGUGGAAAAGUUGCACGAAUCACUGUGUUGUGCAAUAUCGUCAACAGAAGGCGCUAGUGUGAAACGUCAAACGCAUAGAAAAACGAUGCGCGCGCCUCUGGUUGUGAAAGCCACAACUAUGAAAAUUUAAAAUGAUCGUUAAAAGCGUGGUCGAUGGAAAUUUCGCAAGUGUUACGUCUGUUUGUCUGUGUUCUAAGCUUCACCAACGUUAAUAAUGUCUUGGCAACCUAAAUUCAAAUCAAUAGCUGCCAUAAAACCGUAAUAAAACCAUUAUUGUUUCUAGCGUAAAUCGGUCAAAAUUUGAUAUCCAUGGCAUUUCUGAGAGCAAAGUAUGCCUGAAUGCUACAGUUUGCCAUACAAGCUGUAAGGAGGCUUUAUUGAGGUUUUGCCCAGUACAAAUAAAGAGAUUUCCAUUGCAAAUGACUGCAAACACCUAUCGAUCCAAUUUAGAAUCUUCUCAAACAAGUGUAGACAAGAGCCGCCAAAAAACACAACCUCUAUGAACAAAACAAACAACUCAUAUUGUAACUAUCCUACAUCAAAUAAUGACUCAUACACAGCCUAGUUGUUGUUAGGAAGCUGUUGGAACUCAUCCUUUCCGCGGUUGUCAUCGUCAGAGUGAGUGAGUGUCGACAAGACAGAGCGAGCGAGCGAGUGCGGUUGAGUGACUGGAGUGCGACCGAUUGUCGAAGGUUUCCGUGGACUCCAAAAUGUGGAGCAAACACUAGUACGUUACUAUUCUAAUUACUUAGUUAAAAUUUAUAAACUGCGUAUUUCUCCUUCAAACAAACAAGGGUGAUCAGCUUUGGGUGGCUCCGUUUCAACUAGAUUAGAACAAUAUCCUGUUAUAAAAUUGUGGUACCAUGUGAACCAACCGAUAGUUUCUUCUAGGUUGCCUUUCUGAUAUUCAUCUUUCGAUACCAUAUUAUAUAUUAUAGUAGCCAAACGUUGUAUUUCUGUGUAUAAACUGUAUUUGUUCUGCUGGCAUACAUGCAUUGCAUACACCUACCUAGGGAAUAGACUCAUUUUGUUUUAGGGAUAUUAGGGUUAAGUUGUUGCUCACACAAUCCGGUCCAUUAGGUUUGCUCUGUACUAGUUUUGAGGUUAUUUCUUUCAACACUGAACAAAGACGGCUAAAAGUAGAUUAAAUUAUAAUAUAUCUUAAACUAGGUCUUCAAGCGUUGCCUCGAAAAGCAUUGUUUAUUACUCAUGACCCUGAACUUCCACUUCUUGUAUGGCACACGUGUGCUAUGAGCACUUUUAAAACAUAUCGUUCUUCUAAUAUUCAUCACAUUUGCAUUUCAAUGCGAAUGCUCGCACGUCGCCGUUCAACAUCACUCUUAAGAAUGAGUGUAAUCAGUUUCAUACCUUUUAAUUCCGCCCUAUUUUGAUUAUCCUUUGACAGAUACGUGUAUUUCGACUACCACUUGUAAUCUUCCUCAGCGUCAGUUAUCCACUGAGGAAGAUUAGAAGUGGUAGUCGAAAUACGCGUAUCUGACAAAGGAUAAGCAAAAUAGGGCGGAAUUAAAAGGUACGAAACUGAUUACACUCAUUCGAAGAGGGUAUUCUGCUUAGAAGGUUCGAAAAGUCGGUACAAGAUCACUCUUAAGGUUUUGGAUGUUGGGACUCCACUAUUCUUGAAGUUCCAACAAACAUUUUUGCUGUACUAGAGUGGAACAAACCACUCCUAAGCAAACUUUAGCUUAAGAAACAGUUUUCAGCUAGUUCUGUUACUUGGGUUUCUCCAUUUCUUCAAAGCCAACUCGUUCUCGAAUACCUUAGAUGUUUUGGUCCGGUCUAAACAGUGUCUGAACCAGUCUAAACCAGCCGCGCGUUGUUGCGAAAUCUGACUAAAAUAGGACUCAUUUCCGUGAGACUACAGGAAAGGUAGAAAACGCUUCUGAAGGUAUUCAUCUCCAUGGAUUUGUCCAUUGACGGUUGAAUGGCUGGUUUAUCUUGCCACAUCUACGGAUGGCCUUCCAAACUUUCGGAACUUUGGCCGGAACCGUCCUUGGAAGCAGAGUAAGAUACACUGGUACUUUCGUAAAAGCGUCUUUAUUCGCAGAAUGCGUUAUGCAGAGUGCCAAAAUAUUGAGUCGUAGAUGUCAAACAAAGUUCAAAUAAAAAACGGAUUACUGCGAUUGCACUUAUUUUCGAAUUCAAAUUUCUCAUAAACUUCGCAAUGUUCCCACAUAAACCAAGAGCUUUUUGGGUGAACUUGUCCACCUUCUUCCUUACUUCCUAAGAAAUAGUCAACCGUUAUGUGGCUACAUAAAACUCCUUUAUCGCUAAUUGCUUUGUGAUUGCCUUAUCCAUCAUGAUGGACCUCCGUUUCGUGAGCCGCUCCUGGUACAGCUUACCGGUGCAUGUUUUGUUUACCGUUCCGGGUUUGCACCUUCCUGUCCUUGUACACUGGUGGCCGCUACGUCUCGCAGUUUUUUCCGACAUAGCAAGUAGAAACUUCCGCCAUCUUAGCCACUUAACGAAUCGAAAGAUUCGGUCGACGGUUGAACAAAUUUAACACCUUCCUUGCCUUUACCGAAUCAGCAGUCGUUGGUUAUCUGCUGCUGCCUGUCCUCAGAUUGGUUACCUAGGUUUCCCUGAAUGACUUCACCACCCGGGAAACCGUAGAAUCGUAGAAUGAUAGAAACCCAGAUGUUUUCCGAUCCCUCUAUAAGGCGCAGCGGCGAUUUUUCGCAAGUUUCGAUGCCAUCUCUCGAUUACCACGUGACGAAUUGUGGUGACAUACUGCCAACGUAAACAUUACACUCUUAGCUAAUUUCAGUCAGAUUUUCAACAGUUUUUACCCACACACUUAACAGUUAAAUGUUAAUCAAUGCACACUUAAUUUAGAAUACCGUGUUCGGUAAAUUUUUGACGAAAAUAGAACAGCUGAAUACAGCUAUAAUGCAUUGUAUACCUUUAGCACCCGGUUUUGACAGUUGGUAUACUGAACCUCAGUAAAAUCGAUUACCGAAGCUACCGAAAUAGUUCUGCUGUUCUAUUUUUUGUCAAAAAAGUGCUGAACAGGCAAUUCAGGAUUGAGUGUGUGUGUCUCUUUGGUUUCUUUUUUUUCGAAGGCAGGAUAAAUCUUUUCCAUAUUUUUUAAACAAAAUCCGGGAGCAAUGACAUCAGGUAUAAAACAAUGCUUUUCGAAACAAUGCUGCAAGGAUUCUAAAAUUUAUGUUAGCUCCUUCUCUCCAGCCUAUAUGAGAGGAUGGGCUUUCUACGUGAUUCCAUUUAUCAAAAGUAUUUUAGACCAUAGGCAAAUGUAACUUUAUCUUUUCUUUCUUUUAUGUAGGUUCGUUCUAUUUAUCGUGACCAGUUUGCUAUGAUUAAGGGAUAAAAACUUUGUUGCUGAAAAGAAACAAUCAAACGGAUCUAACAAUCCUCGUGAGGUAGAAAAAAAAGCGAUGAAAUUCUUGUUUAGUUAGGGUGACAAAGGGUAUUAUCGGCAGGUUUGUUCUCUUCGUCAUGGGGGGUUUUUGUGGGCCAAAUUGCCUGAAAUUUGGGCAUAUAACUAAGAUGGUUGGGAAAGAUUUGAGGCCAAAUCUGAGAUCAACAGGUUUAAAAAAAAGCCAUGACGAAGAGAACAAAACUGCCGAAAAUACGUAAGUUACCCUAUAUUUUUAUUUUCCGAUAUAUUCAGAAACCUGCUUUGUUCGUUGCAAUAGAAAGAAAGUGUACUUUACGAUGUAAGAUGUGGAAAAUAUACGAACUGAAUAGACACAAAGUAACUGUAGUCAAACUUUUUAUUUUAUUUCCCUGAUUUAUUUUUCCCCUUGCAGAUAGUUAGGACACAUGUUGACGCCUGGAAACGGUUAGGAAGAAUCGCGAAAUGUUGCUUAAACAAAAAAAAAAGCAAAUUGCUAAAAGGCAUGUAGCAUAAUAGGUAUCUGGUAAGGAUAGGAAAUUGUAAAAAAGAAAACUGUUGAAAGAAAAAAUGCUUGAAGAAAAGUCCUCUCAAAUUGUUGUUACGUUUCGCAUUUGGGUUUAUUUUCACAGCGUCAUAGUCACUAUAUGUAGGUAUUGCUAUUUCAUGCAGGUCAUGCAACCAUGCAGGCAGAUCUUAUGAACUCUGGUACUAACCAAAAACCGAGCUUCUGGGAGAAAACUGUUCACUUUGAGAUAUACAACAAUUGUAAAAAAAAACGAAACUUAUUACAUUUUCCAAUGAAAAGCCGACAAAUCUCCGUAGAAAGGUAUUUGUUGCAAAGUCUGUUCUUUGAAUGUGGGGGGAAAUCAUAAAAAAGCAAGCCGCUAAAGCGAUUCUGUUGCUUGCGAGAGAUAUGGGGCAACUUGACACACUUGAACUACAUACCAAUCUGUCGUGUAAAACGUUGUAUUAUAUCACCACACACACCCAAAAUAAAGUGUUGUUUUUGUAACAAAAUUA